AUGCAUUCUGACGACCACAAAAUCAUUAUAAGAGCAGACAAAAGACCAUCUGGAAGCCAUGAAAGACAAUUCAAUGCUCCCACUUUCAAUGAAGUCGCAGUGGUGAUUGUUGCCGAAAAUGUGGCAUCACGCGAUAUUGUUCUUAAGCGUCGCGAUGGUGGACAAUUGCAGCGCGUGUACGAGACUCAUCGGUCAUAUGAUGCGCUUCAAUACCCGUUGAUGUUCUGUAGAGGAGAGGAUGGCUAUCACUUAAAUAUUAAGAUGUUCAACCCAAUGACGGGAGAAGAAACGAAUAAAAAUGCCAGCUCAAUGAAUUUUUAUGCAUAUCGAUUGAUGAUUCGACAAGAUGUUGACAACCAUCUAUUGAGAUAUCGCCGGUUGUUUCAAAAGUACUGCGUCGACAUGUACGUCAAGGUCGAAACGGAGCAGCUCAAUUUCAUUCGCUUCAAUCAGUCAAAGUUACGAUCAGACGAGUACAUCCACUUGCGUUAUGCCAUCGCUACCGAAGGAGACGCGGCCAACAUUGGUCGUUUGACUAUUCUCCCGGCUACUCAUAUUGGAAGCCCGCGACACAUGCUGAAUAUGCCCCAGAUGCGAUGA